GUCCUCUUCCUCACCCACCUCCAUUCACACAGCCCUCGAAACCACCUAUAAAACCACUCACAAUCCACAACAAGGCCCUCUCAGACCACCGAGCUGAAACCAGAGAGGCAGCUAGCGUGUUCAUCGGGCGGCAGCAAGGCAAGAAGGGAACCAAUUAGCAAGAAGAAGAAGAAAUGGCGGCGUCCACGACCCUCGCGGCGGCGGCGACGACGAUGGUGCUGGCCGCGACGAUGCUCCUCCUGGCCGGCGGCGCGUCGGCGCAGUCCCCGUCGCCGUCGAGCCAGUGCACGUCGGUGCUGGUGAGCCUGUCGCCGUGCCUGAACUACAUCUCCGGGAACGAGUCGGCGGCGCCGGCGUCGUGCUGCACGCAGCUGGGCAAGGUGGUGCAGUCGGACCCGCAGUGCCUGUGCGUGGCGCUGAGCGCGGACCCGGCGUCGCUGGGGCUCAGCGUCAACCGCACCCGCGCGCUGGGCCUCCCCGCCGCGUGCAACGUCAAGACGCCCGACGUCAGCAACUGCAAGGGCGCCGGCGCCGGCGGGGCGGCGCCCACGACCUCCCCCGCGGGGCAGGGGCAGACGCCGGGCGCCACGGGGUCCAAGACGACGCCGGCGACGGGGUCCGUGGCCGGCGCCGCCGCGUCGCCGCCGCGCGGGUCGUCCGGCGCCGGCCUGGUCGCGGCGUUCGUCGCCGCGGCCGUCCUCGCCGCCGCCGCCGCGUGAUCGCGCAUCCGCCGGCCAGUUCUGGAACCGGGCGUUCCGAGCAUGGUGCUCGUCGCGUGUAGGAAUCGCGACGGAUUUGUGCUGUUACACUGGUGACGCCGGCGGGAGGGCGGGCUAGCUGGGGUAGCCUUUCUGUCGAUUUUGUGAUCUGUUCAUCCGUGAGAGAGAGCUUCGAUCUUCUUCCACCUGAUUCAUCUCUGCAUUCCUUAUGAAUAAAGACAUAUGCCUCAUUUUUUUUCUUC